CACCAGCGUCACAGAGACAAAGCAAAGGUAUCUUUAUUGGACUGAAGAGACAACACAACUUUGAAUGAUUCAACAAACCAUCCAUGCAUAACAAUUGGGUGCACUUACCUGUUAUAAUUCAUUUAUCAGGCACACUGACAAAGUUACAUUGCAAGCUCUUUGCAAAAAUGGGCGACGAUCGACCUUUUGUGUGCAGUGCUCCUGGCUGUGGACAGAGGUUUACUAAUGAGGACCACUUGGCUGUACACAAACACAAGCAUGAGAUGACACUUAAAUUUGGACCACCCAGGACUGAUUCUGUCAUUAUUGCAGACCAGACACCUACUCCCACCCGCUUCCUAAAGAACUGCGAAGAGGUCGGUAUAUUCAAUGAGCUGGCUAACUCCUUCGAACAAGACGACGAUGACAAGCGAGCAAAGAACUCCCUCCCUGCUCCCACCUCAGUGGCUUUGGACAUGAGCUUGCAAACACCAUCAGAUUUGAAGGUAAAAGAAGAGGAGCCUGUGGAGGUUGACUCUUCACCACCAGGCAGCCCAGACUCCAUUUCUGCAACACCAGAGAGCAAAAAAGAGCUUUUGGUCAAGGUUAAGGACUCACCCCCCAGGAGCUCGGCCCCAACAUCAACAAUAGUGCGUCCCGGUUCCCUUCCACUGCACUUGGGCUUUGAUGCCCUUCAGCCGACCAUGCCAUCGCCCACAUCGGUUAUCACACAGGCACCACCUUCUAAUCGUACAUUGGGUUCGCCAACAAGCCACUACCCCAUGAUGAUGCUCCCCUCAGGCCAGGCAGUGACUGUCCUACCCGGGCCUGUUCAGAUGCCUUCUGUCAUCAAUCUGGCCCGACCCAUGUGUAUGGUACCAAACAUUCCUGGGAUCCCCGGCCCUCCACUGGGAAGCAGCAGCAGUGGUUCAAAUUCUCCUUCUGGCUACAGCAUCCACUCAGAGGCUAAGAUGCGACUGAAGGCUGCGCUGUCCCAGCAGAGCCCGUCAGGACAUAGCAUGGGUAUGAUGGCCAUGGGCAGCAGUCCGAUGGUUCCUCAGAGGGCAGAACAGAGCCAACUGCUUGUCCAACAGCCAGAUGCUCCAUCACCUGCACAACCUCAGGUAUCUCCAGCACAGCCCACAGGUGGGCGUCGGCGACGGACGGCAGACGAUGACCCAGAUGAGCGAAGGCAGCGCUUCUUGGAGAGGAAUCGGGCCGCUGCAUCUCGUUGCAGACAGAAACGCAAACUGUGGGUCAGCUCCUUAGAGAAGAAGGCGGAGGAGCUCAGUACUAUGAAUGUCUCUCUGUCGAAUGAGGUAUCACUGUUGAGGAAUGAGGUGGCUCAUUUGAAGCAGUUGCUGCUGGCUCACAAGGACUGUCCUGUCACCACUCUACAGAAGAAGACGGCCUAUUUAGCUGUUGAAGAGAGCAUGAAAGAUACCUCAGAGCCGACAGGGUCCCCCGCACCGGUGAUUCAGCAUAGCUCGUUGGUGCCAAGCCCUUCUGCGGGCCACAAUGGCCUAAGCUCAAGAGCGGCAGCUGAAUCCAUGGCGAUGUCUGUGUUGGCGGGAUUGGGUCAGCAGCAAAGGGUCGAGAGCGGACCCUCUCAUAUUAUCAUGGCUGCACAUUCGCAUUCAGCUGCCAGAUGAUGAGCAAUGCCACCACCCAGACUUGCCUCACACUCAUCACCCGAGGGGUAAAAAAAAAAAAAAAAAAGAGCAGUGUCUUCCCAUCCCCUCACCCC